AUUCUAGCUCAUCAAAACAUUCUCUUCCCGGCCGUAACCUCUUUCAUGCUACCCUGUCAGGUACCUACUCUACUAUAUCUACCUAUUUCUAUCUCUUCCCUAUUAUAAAACAUGGGUUUAAUUAUUACAAGAAUCUUACGAGGGACAAUACCUCAGCAUUUAACUCUGUAUCUACAUCUGCAAACUGCAGUCCACGGCCUUGAAUAACCUUAACCCUGGCUGAAGCUAACGAUGAGUCGACAUCAACGUCACCGUUAUUGUAACAUGCCCCCUAUCUUUUCUAUAUAGAUCAAGACCUAAGAGUAGAGUUCUCCUCAACACAUCGGCUAGAUUUCCACCAAACCAAAAGCAAAUUGGUGAUAAAUAAUACGUGUUAGAAUAUUACCGGAUGAGACUAGGUUUUAGGUUACAGUUGUAUUCGUAGCGAUCGUCCACAACAAUAGCUCAUAGAGUGUAGGCGUCAUCUUCAAGGAAACUAAUGUGGCUAUGCCCCCAAUCGAAUUAGACAAGCCUUCAACGGCGCCAAUAAAUGCCGAAGCAUCUGAGCAAGACCGACUCCGAGUACGCGAUGUUCCGCGAGACGGGCACCGCCGGGCUAUCGUCCAAGAGUCGCAAGGCAACCUUGUAUAUCCAAGCUAUAUUCCACCGGAUAUCGAACUACCUAUCUCGCGCGAGAGAGCCGUAUCGGUUGGCGUACCAGAUCAGUUCAAAAGUCCCAGUCCGACCGAGGGUCCCAAAAAAUCUAGGUCGGAGCCUGUGAACAAGCAAUCUCUCAAGUUAGCACAGUCGUCAUCCAGCCCCCAACAAAACCAAUAUCGGACUUCACCGUUCUCAGCUUUCCCUCUUAUGAAGCGAGCAGGAACGAAUGUUUCUAUGCUUGACAUGGCGCUACAACACGCUUAUAACGAAAACAAGGAUGAUAAUACAUCAGACUCGUCAUCGUCGGAAGCGGAAGAUGAAGGGAAGGCGACGGAAACGCGUACGGGUCAGUCCUCAGGACAGCCGAAGCAGAGAACAUCCCAUGACAGAUAUCGGCGCUUUCGAGUCGCGAAUGAAUUAUAUCGAACCAAUGGCAAGGUAUCCAAGAGAGAUGGUCGAUUGAAUAUUACAGUCAAUGACACAAGUAAUACCGGAUAUCUCGCGAAGGCGCUUGGUACUGCCGUUAAGAAGGUCACGCCUAGGAAGGCCGAGGAAGGGGAAAUUAGCCAUCAACUAGCCUCCUCGCAGUUAUCUUCGGCCACCACGGUAGCAUCGGAGAAAUUGAGACGGCCAAAGCUGAAUAUAGUAAUCAUGGUCAUUGGCUCUAGGGGUGAUGCUCAGCCAUUCUUGAAGAUAGGAAAGGUGCUCAAAGAAGAAUACGGUCAUCGCGUACGUAUCGCCACUCAUCCUGCCUUUCGCGACUUUGUCGAGAAAGAUUCGGGUUUGGAAUUCUUCUCCGUUGGGGGCGACCCCUCAGAGCUGAUGGCCUUUAUGGUUAAGAAUCCCGGUAUGAUCCCAACGCUCGAGACAGUAAAGGCUGGCGAUAUUGGAAGAAGACGCGCUGCUAUGGCCGAGAUGUUUGAUGGAUUUUGGAGAGCUUGCAUUAAUGCAACCGAUAACGAAAGAGGCAUCCACAAUAUAAAGAUGAUGGGCGAAAAUGAUCCAUUUAUCGCAGACGCCAUCAUUGCGAAUCCACCCAGUUUUGCGCACAUUCAUUGUGCUGAAGCUCUAGGAAUUCCUCUGCAUCUCAUGUUUACCUUUCCCUACACACCCACACAAGCUUUUCCUCACCCCUUAGCAACGAUUAAAAAAUCUAAUGUGGACCCUGGGUAUACUAAUUUCAUCUCUUACCCCCUAGUCGAAAUGAUGGUCUGGCAGGGACUCGGAGAUCUCGUUAAUGAUUUCAGAGUUAAGACCUUAGGAUUAGAUCCGGUAUCUACUCUCUGGGCUCCUGGGGCGACAUACCGCCUUCAUGUCCCUUUCACAUAUUUAUGGAGUCCGGGAUUAGUACCUAAGCCCGACGAUUGGGGCGAGGAGAUAGACGUUUCUGGUUUUGCCUUCCUCGAUCUCGCAUCUUCUUUUGAUCCGCCAAAAGAUCUUCUUCAAUUUCUCAAGAAAGGGGAUAUGCCAAUCUACAUCGGCUUCGGGUCGAUCGUAGUUGACGAUGCCGAGCGCUUCACAGAGAUGAUCUUCGAAGCUGUGAAACUAGCUGGUGUUCGAGCCUUAGUAUCGAAAGGCUGGGGUGGUCUUGGCCAGGUAGAUGUUCCUGAUAAUAUCUACAUGCUGGAAAAUACUCCACACGAUUGGCUUUUCCCAAAGGUUCGAGCCUGCAUCAUUCACGGCGGUGCCGGAACCACUGCUAUCGCACUCAAAUGCGGCAAGCCGACCAUGAUUAUACCUUUCUUCGGCGAUCAACACUUUUGGGGUUCGAUGGUUAGUAAUGCAGGCGCUGGACCGGUACCGGUUCCGUACAAGAAAUUGAAUGCCGAGGAGUUAUCAGAAGGCAUUAAAUUCUGCCUAACGGAUGCGGCACUGAAAGCAGCGCAAAAAAUAUCUAGAGACAUCGAACUUGAAGGUGACGGUGCCCAAAACGCGGUGAAGGCAUUCCAUCGAAAUUUAACGCUAUCUGGAGAAAAUUCAAUGCGAUGUUCAAUUCUUGAUGAUCGCGUGGCGGUCUGGCGUAUUAAGAAAACCAGCAUCAAGCUCAGCGCUUUGGCAGCCUACAUCGCAGUCAGUCGGGGGUUAAUAAAUUGGCGGAGACUACGCCUCCUUCGACAUAAGGAAUGGAACGACUUUGAAGGACCAGGCGAACCUGUUACAGGGGUUGUUGGCUCUAUAGUUGGAACAGUUGGCGACGUGUUUAGUGGGAUAGGUAGUGUUCCGUACAGACUGGCGAAAACGUCGCAUAAGAGAGCUGAAUGGAGAAAAGGGAAGGAGAGGAAGCGACAACAAAAACAAGAUGCCCUGGCUAAACGCUCAACUGAAUUCCCGUUUCCAAUCCAAGGAGAUAGCAGUGCUGGAACUGAUACGAACAGAAGCGGUCUCCUUGGACAUGCUUCGACUCAUGCAACUACGCCUGCAACAGCACCUCUUGAGCCUUUCCAAGAGGAGUACCUGAACGAAAUAGAAGAAGGAAUUGGUAAAACUGGCCGAGCCCUAGCACAUGCACCUAUUGAUCUUUCACUCGCGCUGGCCCAAGGCUUCCACAACGCUCCCCGUCUGUAUGGCGACGAGACCGUUAGACGUCCAAUCCGGGUCACAGGAAUACGAUCUGGGCUCAAGGCCGCAGGACAUGAAUUCAUAUAUGGCAUCUACGACGGAUUCACCGGGCUUGUACGAUUGCCAGUUCGCGGAGCUAAAGAAGAUGGAAUCAAGGGCGCACUCGCGGGUGUUGGCAUGGGACUUACCGGAUUUAUAUUGAAAGACAUAGCGGCACUAGUUGGUCCAAUAGGCUUUACACUCAAAGGUAUUGCUAAGCAGGCCGACCGUGGAAAGCAGCCCCUCAAGUACCUCCGUCGCGCACGGAUCGCUCAAGCACAAUGGGAGCUCGGUGCUCUAACAGAAGCCGAACGCAAAGCAAUAACUGACACGGUUCUUAAAGGGUGGCAGGUUAUGCGCCGGUUGGCUGAUGCAAUUAUACGGGAGAAUGAGAAACGACGGUUUAUACCCCGCUUCGGGAGGAAAAGCAAGAACGCUAGGAAGGUUAAGUCACUAGGGAGAUACGGCAAGAUUCCUGCUUUUGAGAGUGUUGUGGCUGCGGAGAAAGCAAUAGAAGCUAUCACGCGAGGAGAGGAUAUCGACGCUGUGCUCGGGAAGCAUAGGGGGGGCUCCGAGAUGGAUAAGGAGGUCGGCUAAGGGAUUAUCGCGAACUCGACAAUGCUAGAACGAGGAGUUGGGGACACUAGUUGAUUAAAUAAUAGAAGGCGGCUAGGGAAUGGGGGUAAUGCUAAAGGGGAGAUUACACAACGAGUGCAUUCACCUGUUGUCAUGGGUCGGACGAAUAACUAAGGAGACCAGGACCUAAUACGGAACAAGUAAUAAGAGCGAAGUGGAAGCGCCUUGUGAGAUUCUAUUUUACAGAAAUAAUGUUUACAUCUUAAUGUUUAUAUCUUGAUGCUGGUUAGCUUGAGGGUUUUUGAAAGGCACCUAUUAAUAUGUUUGGUUACCACGAAAGUUAAGGAUAAUAUAUACGAACGAAUAAUAGCCUUCUAGUUGAUAUAGGAUCAUC